CCUAGGAGGUUUCAUCCGACCGCCGACAGCUUGUGUAGGAGAAGAGGCAUCAUCAUGCAUUGGAACGAGGCCCUCCGGACCGCCGGGCUCUGGGUCAUUCUGAGUUUAGUUGUUGGUCAGCUGACUGAGCAGGAGAAAUCAACUAUCAUUGACUUCCACAAUCAGAUUCGCUCUACAGUUCAGCCCAGCGCCGCCUUCAUGCAGAAAGUGGUGUGGGACGAGACACUGCGGCUGGUGGCAGAAGCAUAUGCUUCAAAAUGCAUCUGGAAACACAACCCUCAACUUGAUGAGCUCGAAAUGGGAGAAAAUCUCUUUGUAGGCACUGGACCAUUUAAUACUAACAAAGCAUUGCUGAACUGGUUUGGAGAGCAUGUGGAUUAUGUCUUUGAAAACAAUAGCUGUCCUGAACACAAAAUGUGUGGCCACUACACUCAGAUGGUCUGGGCAGGCAGCAAUAGAAUCGGCUGUGCUUCUCAUUUCUGUGACACUCUUGAGGGGCUGGCUUUUAAAAAGGCCACUCUUCUUGUCUGUGAUUAUUACCCUGCAGGAAAUUAUGAGGGAAAAAAGCCAUACGAGUCUGGAGCGCCAUGCUCAAAGUGUCCGGAAAAUCUAUCAUUGUGUGAGGACAACAUAUGUGUGGCUGAGAAUCUCUUUAAUUCAUCUGACAAGCCCGAGUCAGAGGACACCGAAGCUCCGACUGUCUUACCUACGCAUCCACGAACGACGACAGAGCCUUUCACCGUUCCUGAAGAGCCAACUCAAGUGCACGUUAACAUUGAGAGAGUGAUAGAAAGUGAAAUGAACCAUGGAUCCAAGAUGGAAAGCAUCUCUGCUUCUCUGCUGAUGCUCGUCUGGCUUCUUGUUUAGUGAGGGUUUGAAGUGGAUGUAUGGAAGCCCGUUUCCGCCACCGUACAAAAAAAAGGUAAAUGCGACUUUUUAUCUCACAGUUCUGACUUUUUCACAGAAUGUGUGAUAUAAAUUCGCAUUUGCAAGUUAUAAAGUCAGAAUGGCGAGAAAAAGUCCAAUUUUGAAGGUGGAAAAGACUGAUAUGUUCUCAGAAUUGCAAGUUAAUAUCACGAAAUUUCGACUUUAUUUCUUAGAAUUGUUUAUUUCUCACAACCAAGAUCUUUUAACUCGCAAUUGCAAGU